CAAUUACGUUCCAAUUGCUAGUGUAUUGUUAUGUGAGCAAACUAAUACACGUUAAAUAAUUUGUUUUAGAAGAACACAAUUCCCUUACCACAGUGAGACUCGAACCAGUUUAUGAUGCAAAAAUGAGUGCUCACAUUUAUUCUGACGAUGUUUCUGAUAACGAAAAUGAAGCUGAAGUUUUUGAACAAAGUUACGGCGGCAGGGAAAGCGUAGUUUUCGCUAUUGAAUGCUGUGAAGAAAUGUUUGACAUAAAUCAAGAAGACGAAGAGAGUUAUUUCGAGCGUAUUAUGACAUCAAUACAUGAUAUGUUGGUCAACAAAAUUAUCACCAGUGACACUGAUAUGAAUGGUAUUGUCUUCUUUGGUGUCGAGAACAAAACUGAAGAUGGGAAAUUCCCUGGUGUGAGAACCUGGCAACAAUUUGACGUUCCAUGUGUUAAAAGCAUCAUGGAGUUACGAGAAAUACAGAACAUUGAUUUUAAACAGUUCGAAAAUAAAUUUGGAAAACUUGCAGAAUACGAAGUAAGCAACGUACUUUGGGCGUCACAUCAAUUAUUUUUGAACUGCCCGUUCAAGCUUGCGAACAAAACUUUAGUUGUUUUUCCAUGGAAUGAAAAUCCACACAAAGGAAACAACAACGCUGUUAAGAGAGCUAGAGCAAAAUGUGGCGACCUUCACGAACAUGGAGUGGAAAUUCAAGUGUUUUCAUUCAAUCAGGACUUUAGUUACGAACCAUUUUACAAACACAUAACAACAGACCAAAUCCAAAGUAAUGAGCAAAUGAUGAACCCAAUCAAUGCAAUCUCAAACCUUUAUAGCUUUUUGAUGAGAAAAUGUUACAAGCAAAGAAUGACAAGGACCAGAUUACAGAUUGGAAAAUACAAGAUAUCUGUUGGAGUUUACACUGUAGCGAGAAAAACAACCAAAACCUCGGCCGUAUGGAUUGAUAAUUCAACAAAUAAAAUUGUGAAGCGACAAAUUAAUCUUGUUGAUACUUCUACGGGGGAAAUGCUAAUGCCAAGUGAUGUGAAGUUAUAUCAGACAUGGGCAGGCAAAGACAUUGUGUUUGAGAAAGAGGAAGUGACCUCAAUGAAACAACUGUGUGACGUUGGAAUAACCGUCCUUGGAUUCCAACCGCGUGUUAGUACUAUCAAGCCAUGGUAUCAUAGUAGGCCUGCUCAGUUCAUUUACCCUGAUGAUAGUGACCUGAAAGGCAGCUCAACGUUUUUCACAGCUUUACUGCAGAAAUGUCUUGAUAAGGAUUACGUCGCAAUUUGCCGAUUUGUUCCUCGUACAUCCGCAAGCAUGAGGAACAUCGCUCUUCUACCUCAGAGGGAGGAAAUUGAUCCUGAGACUUCGGAGCAAAUUAAACCAUCCGGAUUUUUUAUCGUUUAUCUUCCAUUUGCUGAUGAUGUGAGAGAGACAGAGCUUCCAGAAGAGCAACCAUCCCCCUCAGAAGAACAAGUACAAUCGGCAGAAUCCAUUAUAAGAAAGUUACGAUUCAAAUAUGAUCCAAACAGCUUUGACAACCCAGCACUGCAGACACAUUACAAAAACCUUGAAGCGAUGGCAUUGGAGAAAGAAGCACCUGAUCCUGUAACUGAUCAUACAGCACCAGAUGUGGAAAGAAUUGACAGAAAAGUUGGGCCACUGGUUGAAACUUUCAAAAGUUUAGUAUUCCCACAAAAUUACGAUCCUACCAAAACAGCAACUAAACAUAAAAGCAAUCAGACCACCAGAGAGAGCAAGAGAGCAAAAACUGAAAACGCAGAGGUUAACAUUCAAGAAGCUGUUAAUAACAAUGCACUUGGUAAAUACACUGUGGUUCAGUUGAAAGAGAUAUGUCGAGAAUUGGAAGUUAAAUGCACAGGAAAGAAGGCUGAUCUUAUAUCUGCUAUAACUGCUUAUUAUGAGUGAAUUUAUUGACUUUUAGAAUAAACAUUUCUGUAAACUUUGA